GCGGCCCGACUGCAACAGUUCAGUUGGUGUUGGACUAGGCGCGCGCGCUUCCCGCCCUCCGGGCUUCACAGGGAAGACAUGAUGACGGCCAGCUAACCGAGGAUCCCCAUGGAGAGCGUCAGUGCGUGGAGCCCCCAGCAGGUGCUGGACUGGAUGACAGGUCUGGACGACAGCCUGCAGCAGUACCUCCCAUCCUUCCAGCAGCAGCAGGUCGAUGGAGAGAAGCUGCUCAGGAUGUCCCACCAGGAGCUCCUGUGUCUGGGUGUGGACCGGGUCGGACACCAGGAGCUGGUCCUGGAGGCUGUGGAUCUGCUUUGCUCUUUAAGCUGUGGUGUGGAGUUGGACAACCUGAAGACUCUGGUGGGGACGAUGAGGACAGCACAUCAGAACCUGAUCAGCGCCGUGUCACAGCGCAGGAGGAAUCCUGCCUACCAACACAAAAACUCCCAUCAGCCCUCCAGUCCGUUCCUCACUGCUGUGAUGCAGUUGAUCGGAGCUGCCAAGAAGCUGCUGGCGUGGCUGGACAGGAGUCCUCUGACCAGCCCCAAGGACUUCACUUCCAUCAAGAGCAGAAUCAUCCAGCUGUGCCUGGAGCUCACCUCCACCGUCCAGAAGGACUGCACUGUUUAUGACAUGGAGGAGAAGAUUCUGGAAGUGUCACAAGCUCUUAACAGCGUCUGUGAGAAGACGGUCCAGGUGACCUCUGACCCCUCUAAAGGAGAAGUGUCCCUAUUGGAAGAGGUGCUCAUCACUGACAUCAAGCCUGGGGAGGGACUGGGGAUUUACAUCAAAUCCACGUAUGACGGGCACCACGUUAUCACGGGAACCACGGAGAACUCUCCCGCAGAUCAAACUCAGAGAAUACAUGCUGGAGAUGAAGUCAUCCAGAUCAACAGACAGACUGUGGUGGGCUGGCAGCUGAAGCAUUUAGUUAAAACCUUCAGGACAGACUCUUCAAGUUUAGUGCUGGUAUUGAAGAAAAGGCCGCCUGGGACGUCCAGCAGAUUUGCACCUGCUCCUCUAAGAAACCUGCGGUGGAGACCUUUGCUUGUUCAGACCUCUCAGGGAGCUGCAGGUUUCCACAGCUGUGCACUGCCUGAACCCACAGACCCCCCAGGGAAGACAGACAGAGAAGCUGAAGUGUCCGCUGCAGCGACGGUCCGGCCCUCAGACUGGAGCUCACACCCUGAAGGGCCCAAACACUUGAGCGUUACUGGAGAUACUAGGAUGCAUGCAGGCCCUGAGCUCCAGCGGCCGGUCUCCAUCCCCCUCAGGCAGCGCUCCUCCGCCCUCAGUAGGCCUCGACCCGUCUCCAUGCCCGUGGAGUCGGUCUUGGGAGUGUCGGACUUCCCACUCAGGCCUGGAGCUCAUGGAAGGAAAGGAAGAGCGGUUCUGCACAGAUGUCUGAGCAACGAACGGAUCGGCACUGUGGAGGAAGAGGAGCCCUGCUUCCCCCUGCCGUACCGGGGGCACCCCUCUGUGCGCGGCGUCGACCACAUCAGAGGCAGCCGCUGCUUCAUCGACGCCGACCUUCACAACAGCACCACCAUGCCUUACCAGGAGGCUGCGGCCCAGAAGCCCUCCUCCUCCUCCUCGUCUUCCUCCUCCGCUCCUCCUCAGGCCCCCACCAAACAGAGCAAGUCUCUGCUGGGCGGAUUGCUGGCUCGCUUCCGGCUCCUCAGCCACUGACACCCCCCACCCCCCACCCCAGAGGAGCCUUCAUACUUUGGGGCUGUUGCAGGUUGAACUCAUGAUUAGAACAUCAGCUGCCUGACCCCCCACCCCCACACGGACAAAGCAGGGACAGAAUCUUUCAGGUGGAGGUUUUUAAAGCCAAAGCUGACCUUCAGGACGUUUUCCCCUCUCAGCCUGAGGCCAGCCUUCCUCCUCCUGCUCCUCCUCCUCAGACCUGUCAGUCACAUCCUUAGAUGGUUGGGACAUUUUUUUACGUUACACAUGCUGUAAAUGACUGGCCUUGAGGGACUUUAGGCCACUUGUCUUCAUUUCUGUCAUUUUGGUGACUUCUGUGGUUUUGAGGAAAAAUAUAACAGAAAUGAAACGGCUGGAGAGUCGGUCCGUGUCCAGCCUGUGCAGAAGCUGGUGGUUUGACGGUUCUAGCUCUGUGUUCUGGACGAUGAGCAGUGCUAGAGGUUUCUACACUGUUCCUCCUCAGGACCCUCCUCUGGAACUUUGACCAUUCACUGCUGCAGCCUUUCUUAUAUCCGUUUAUUUUUUAUGUUUUAUUGUUCUAAUAAGGAGGAGUUCAUCCUUCUUCCAGAAUGUGUGAAUCAUCAUAAAGCCAUGUGUUUUUUCCAGGCCACUUCACUUCUUUCAUAUUUAAUAAAUGGAAACAAAAUGUU